AGGGGGAUUAAACGUAUCCCGUGCCUCGUCAGACGGCAGCCUGCAGCGAGCGUCAGCCUGCAGUCCCCACGGAGGGGAGCCCGGUGACACGGCCGUAUAAAUAUCGACAGUGCGCGGGGCUGGCAGCAGUCGAGCCUCAGGACAGAGCCAGGCGGAUCCAGGGCAGGAGUGCACUGUGCCAGCCACCCCCACCCCACAGACAGCGCCAUGGCAUGCCCGAGGUCCCUCCUGCUCCUGCUUGUCCUCCUGUUGGCCAUCGGCGUGCCCCUGGCACGAGCCCAGCACUGGUCCCACGGCUGGUACCCCGGCGGGAAGAGGGAGCUGGACUUGUCGCAGGCACCACAGGCUUCAGAAGAAAUCAAGAUCUGUGGCGGGGAAGAGUGCGCUUACGUGAGGAGCCCAAGGAUGAACGUUGUGAAGACCCUGCUGGCUGACAUGCUGGCACGGCAGCUGCAGAAGAAGAAGUGAGCCCCCACAGCCUGCUCAUGAAAUGCUUGCCUGCCCCGCAGCCCUCCCCGUCAUCUCCUUUGCAGCUUGGUGUCGUGUCUGUGGAUCCCGUGCGUGCGUGCGGUGGGGUGAGAACGGGGGAAGGCCUCAGCUUGCCCGACUCGACGGCUGAGAGCACAGGUAACGAGCAAGGCUCGGGGUCCAUCUCCGAGCGAGGACCUGCCUGGUCUCCCUCACGCCCUCCUGUAACUCCACCAUGUUGAAUAAAAGACUUUAU